UCCCCCAACACCACCGACAUGCUGGGCCGGUGAGUUGUCAUGCCCGCUACACAGGGCUGCUCAUUGCAGCCUAGACCGGCAACCAGCCUGCCCUGGCUGCAGUUCUGGACGCUGGCAGCUCCCCCAACACCACCGACAUGCUGGGCCGGAGCGCGCUGCACCUGGCGGCCGCCAGCGGCGCGGCGGGCUGCGCAGACCUGCUGCUGCGGAGAGGGGCGAGCGUGCGGGCCUGGGACCACCAGCACCUGGCCACCCCGCUGCACUGCGCGGCGAGUGCCGGCAGCCUGGCCUGCGUGCGGCUGCUGCUGGGAGCGGGCGCCGAGGUGGACGCGGGCAUCACGUGCCGCAGCCCACUGCACUACGCCGUGCAGAGCGAGGCGACAGACUGCAUGAGGGAGCUGCUGCGGGCCGGGGCCAGCCCCAACACCCCGCAGGUGUACACGGAGACGCCCCUGCACGUGGCGGCCGCCAGGGGCUCGGCUGCCAGCGUGCAGCUGCUGCUGGAGCACGGGGCAGACGUGCGCGUGCAGAUGGGGCCCUCCAAGACCACGGCGCUGCACCUGGCCGCCGAGGACGAGAGCGCCGAGUGCGCGCGGCUGCUGCUGGACGCCGGCGCAGACGUGGACGCCCCCAACAGCCGCCUGCAGACCCCGCUGCACCUGGCCGCCCUGGCGCAGGCGGGCGAGACCCUGGACCUGCUGCUGCGGCGCGGCGCCGACCCCAGCGCGCUCGACGUGGACGGCCGCACCCCGCUGCACGGAGCCAUCGUCAAGACCUGCCGCUCCUGCGAGUGCGUGCGCGCGCUGCUGGAGGCGGGCGCCGCCGUCAACCAGGCCGACAGCUUCGGCUACUCGCCGCUGCACAUCGCGGCGCUCAACGAGCUGUCGGCCUGCGUGUGGCUGCUGCUGCGCCACGGGGCCGACAUGACGGCGCGCACCCACGGCGGUGUGUCCGCCCUCACCUUUAUAGUGCGCAGGACGCCCGCCGUGCUGCCGCGCAUCCUCUCCCAGCUGGACGCGGCCGUGAAGCUGCACGAGCACGAGAUCGGCGACGUGGACUGCGAGCUGAAGCUGGACUUGCGCGUGCUGGUGCCGAGCGUGGAGCGAGGGGAGAGCGGCCUGCUGCUGGCCUUCAUCGAGGUCGGCCAGCGCCACAUUCUGCAGCACCCGCUCUGCGAGACCUUCCUCUUCCUCAAGUGGCGGCGCAUCAGGAAGUUCUUCUUGUUCAGCCUCGUCUUCCACUCCGUGUUCGCGCUCUUGUUCUCCAUCUACAUAUGGCUCAUGUACCUCAACAACUGCUCCGAGGACGUGGGGAACUCCUCGGGAUGUCAAAUCCCCAAAUACCUGGACGUGAUAGGGUACAUAGUGAUAGCCUUCAACAUGCUGUUCCUGGGCAAGGAAGUAUUCCAGAUCGCGCACAGCUGGACGAGCUACAUCAACCACUGGGAGAACUGGCUUCAGUGGCUCAUCAUCGCGUGUGUGUUCCCGUGCGUGGUGCACGUCCACCGUGGCGGCAGUGUGAAGCAAGACGUCCAAGACUGGCAGCACCAUGUUGCCGCGGUCGCCAUCUUCUUCACCUGGGUGGAGCUCAUGAUGAUCGUCGGUCGCUUCCCCAUGUUCGGCCUGUACGUGCAGAUGUUCACCAUCGUCGCCAUCAACUUCGCCAAAUUCUUGCUCACGUACACCUGCCUGUUCCUGGCGUUCUCGCUGAGCUUCGGCGUGCUCUUCUCCAACUACCCCGCCUUCCAGAACCUGGGCUGGUGCCUCAUCAAGACCCUGGUGAUGAUGUCCGGCGAGCUAGAGUUCGAGGACAUCUUUUACAACAACGUGGAACAGUACCCGGUGCAGUACCCGUUCACUUCUCACGUGCUCUUCGCGGCGUUCGUGAUCCUCGUGACGGUGAUCCUGACGAACCUGCUCGUGGGGCUGGCGGUGAGCGACAUCCAGGGGCUGCAGCAGUCGGCAGGCCUGGACCGCCUGGUGCGGCAGGCGCAACUGGUGGCACACCUGGAGAGCAUGUUGUUCUCCCGCCUGCUGCGUUGCCUGCCUGCCAAGCUACUGACCCUGUGUCACCGGAGCGCCCUGCUACUCACCUCGCCCUACCAGAGCUCGCUCUACAUCCGCCCCAACGACCCGCGCGAGCGCCGUGUGCCACGAGACAUCGUGGGCAGCGCCUACCGCCUGGUGGCAGAGCGGCGCAAGCACCGGCGAGACCACCGCUCCCCGUCGGCCGGCGACUACAGCUACGUCAAGCUCACGCACCCCAGCGUCGCCAACGACUGCUACCUGUACGUGCCGCGCGCCAGAGAGGCAGAGGCUGCCUGGGCGCAGGUACAGUCCCAGCUGGACACUGUGGCCGCGGAGGCUCGGCAGCAGUACAGUCACAUCCACCAGAGUCUGCUCAAGCUGCAGCAGCAGCUGGAGGCUGCGCACAUUCAGCCAGCAGUCCCCAGUACUCACAGCUGAGCUUACUCUCGUGUGCAUUUGGACGCUAAUUUAUAUGUAUAAAAUAAGAGUAACUAAAUGAUUAAUUUAAGCAUAUUCUAACCGAACUCCAAUAAUUAUUCAUGUACACUGUUACCUGUAGCAGAGCAUUAGAUAUAACUGGUGAUUGCAUCCUAAGUAUGGAUUAAAAUUUAAUAUUGAAAACUUAUGUACAUACUAUUAUUUGAAGUAAUUACUAUUUGGCAUUAACAGGUUCAGCAAGUGCUUGCUAGAAUCACUGAACACUUGACAUGGCCAGACCCUCGGUGCCCUUCAUACCCAGGCUAGGUCAUCAGAGGCUCAGCUCCCCCAGACAAUGCACACGACUCUGGAGGGUACCAAGGGAUAGGGAGGAGGGGUUGUUGACACUAUGCCCUGGGUACUCUGGAGGGUACCAAGG